AACAAAAACACGAGCCAACAACAAAAGUAGCACGAGUAAAUGAGGAUUAAAUGAGAUCCUCGGUAAGUUACAUGUUAUCGCAAGGACCUGGAGAUCCGAUUAUGGCGCAUCCAGAUUAUGAGCAGCACCAUUACCACCAUGGUUGUUUGUUAAUCCUGGUGCGAGGAAUCGGUUCCUCGAAGCCACGGUCUUUGCAGCGCGUCUUCGAACGAGUGCAGCGGGUUAACAACGUCAAAAUACCUGCUGAUUCGACCGGUAGCACGAGAGAUAUCUGGGUGCGGUACAUACGUGACCAUCCGGUGGAAAACAAUGAUUGGGGUGACUUUCAAACCCAUCGCCGACUGUUGGGUCUCAUAACGGUGGGAAAGUUUGAGGCCCAAAGCGAAUUGAACGAACUGUGCCGGGUGCAUGAGUCCUUGAAAGUGAAGUACACGCACACACUGUUCGAUUCGCGUUGCCUACUGUUCGGACCGAGUACGGACGAGUUGCAAAAGAUGAACGGUGCGGCGGGUGCGACAAUGGGACCAGACGCUGGUAGUAAGACAACGCUCGAAAAAUGCUUCCAAACGCCGUCCAACUUCAAGAGCCGUGCGUUCUUCUACCCCGAGAACGAUCCUUGCAGCAACUUGGAAACGAAGAUUUCGGAGUUCAUUACCUCCCUCUACUACAUACUGGAGCUGAAACGGAUGGAAAAGACGCGUGAGAAGCUCGAGAAGGCACCGCUACUGUUGGCACCGUUCGAGAAGAAAGAUUUCGUCGGGCUGGACCUGGAGAGUAGAAACAACAGGAAGCGCUGCAUUGGGCGCAUGACCAAGCAUUUGGGUGAUCUGACGCUGCAGGCGGGCCUUGUCGCCGAAUCGCUUAACUUCUUUCAUGCCGCGAGCGAAACUCUACGUGCCAUAAGUGACUCGCUGUGGUUGGGCGCGGCCAACGAAGGGCUCUGUGCGGCAUCCGCUAUACUGCUCUAUCCUAACUUCCGCUACACCAUGUCUAUACAAAGAAACUCUAGUCUGCAGGAGAACUCUUCCUCUCCACAGAAGUUUAAUCUUGCCCGUAAUCAGCUGUACACUGGGAGUUACAACGGGGGCGAUAGUUCGACGAUGAAGCACAAAAAGUCGGACAUGGUUAUUAACCUCAGUUCGUCCGAUACGGCGACGAUUGUUGGGGCGGAUAAAACGUCCGCCUCAUCUAACUCUUCGGCAUCGUCCAUUAGCUCGAGCUUGUCGUCUGGUUCGGGUGGUAGUGGAACGGCCAGCGGAAGUUCUUCAUCCGACUCGGGGACGACGUUGGUUAAUAAACCGGGUACUGGGGUGGCAACUAAAUUUCCCGCCAAUAUUCUGCAACCGGAUGAAAUUACGGUGCGCUACCGUGAUGCCAUCAUCAACUACAGCAAGUAUCGGAACGCUGGUAUUAUAGAAACGGAGGCGGCCCUGAAAGCGGCCCGUAUUUGUAUCGAGCAGGGCAAGAAUCUGGAUGUAGCUAUGUUCCUGCAGAACGUACUCUACAUCAAUUUGAACAUGACCGAGCAGCAGCGGGUGCGACGGUUCGAAGUACUGACCGAUCUGUACCAAAAGAUAGGUUACAAUCGUAAGGCGGCUUUCUGUCAGCGGCUGGCCGCCUGGCGGCAUGUCGCCCAAAGCAACAGCAACCCUGACUGGGGUCAAAGCUAUCGGUUAAUGUUGGAAAGCUUUUCCGGGCAUAAGUUAUCGCUGGAACCGAACGAGGUGCUUGAGAAUAAUAUGGGCUGGCCGGUGUUGCAGAUCGAUCUGUUGCAGCAACUCGUCGGGACUGCUCGGCGACUAGGACAGUCGGCAUUAGCGACACGCCACAUGACCUUUCUACUGCAAACCAUGUGGAAGAAUUUAACGCCACACGAACAGCGGGAAAUGGCCCUGCAGCUACAGAAUCUAAGCGCUCAGUGUGAGGGUGCUCCCGUACCGUUGGUGCUGGAGAACGGUAUUGUAAUACCGCCAGCCAAUCUAACCGAUCUGCCUCAUUGCUCGCAACUCCUGGUGAAGGAUUUAGCGCCUCACUUAAAACCGACCAAAAUCGUCGUUAACAAGGUGGACAGUGGGCCAUUUCUUUUCACCCCAAUUCACUUCAGUUCCCUUGACCGGCGUGGCGUCGAGAAGGAUGAUAGCAAAAUCACCUUCAACUGGAUACAGCACGAUGUGUGUGAGGUAAGCUUAAGUCUAAUGAAUCCGUUGCCGUUCGAGUUGCAGGUGACGGAUAUGCGACUUCUUACGACGGGCGUUGUGUUUGAGGCUUUCCCCCAAACCGUCACCCUACAGCCUAACGUCUCAACGAACGUGUCCCUACACGGUACCUCGAUCGAGUGCGGUGAGCUUGAAAUUCAAGGCUACAGUACGCACACGCUCGGUGUGAAGUCGAACUGUCGGCUGAAGCACAUGCUACAUCGAAAGGAACGCCAUCUGCCACCGUGCUACAAGGUGAAGGUAAUACCGGCGCUACCGAAGCUCGAGACAAAAACGAGUCUCCCUCAGACGGCAACGUUUAGCGGCAUGCCAAAUGCGGACUUUGUUACAACGUCCGCCAGCAUAACGCUGUACAACGGCGAAAGAGGUGAAUGUACGAUUACGCUCACAAACACAAGCAACAUCCCGAUUGAGUACGUGGACGCUACGUUCCAUUCGACGUUGGAAGCUUCCCUGCAGAGUCGGAUAUUUCAGCUAGCAACGGAUGAACUGCACCAGAAGCUACCCAUCCAACCGAACGAAAGUAUCGAUUUCAAGCUGGUGAUCUUUGGGGAGGCCGAUUUUCUUGGCGCACUCACAGCGGGACCGGGCCAGAUAGCGGGAUACUCGUUGUCGCAUAAUCCGGAUGGGAUGAAUAGUGCUGGUCCGCAGAGUUUAACUGUCUCGCAUGGAGGUGGUGGUGGUGGUGGGUUGCUUUCGGGUGGAGGAAGUGGUAACCCGAGUAUACCGAGCCGCAUCAGUUCACCAACGAACACACAUCGAAGGAAUGAGCUGUUGACGUCGAGCUUUCGCUCAUCACAUUCGGGACAUUCGUCGUUGGCGACGCUUAGCGUUGGCAUAUCGACGGGACAUGUGCCACGACAGUUGGAUGCGCAGUUACGGUUUAAAUAUUCUGGCGGGGAAGGUUUGCAGGAAGGCUUCUGUCGACAGUGUGCAAUCUCGUUUAAUGUGGAGCUACUGCCAAGCGCACAAAUUACCAAUUGGGACGUUUUGUCGGCGGAAAUCCCAUCCCAGUUCUACCUGGUGCUGGACGUGGUGAACCUAACUGCGCAGGAAAUGUCACUCAACUAUACCUCCAACAAAACAAUACUCAUUGAGGCUAAGGAAAGUUGUCGCGUGCCGGUCCCGGUACAACGAUGUCCCCUGGAACGAAUUUUUGCCGCCGUAGCCGAACAUCAGCAGCAACAUCACAAUCAUUUUCAUCACCAUCACCAGCAGCAGCAGAUACAUUCGAUCGGAAGUGGUUCAGCGGAUCAUCACAAUAUGCCUAGCAUAAUGAGUGGUGUGGCCGGUACGAGCACGAGCGAUAGUUCCGAUCUGACCGAGCGGGUCUGCUCCGAGCACAUUUCGGAAAAUGUCAAUCUUAAAUGGUCACUGCCGGGCAUUGACUGCCAUGGGACUGCUUCGUUGCGCGGUAUUACACUCUCACCGACAAUGCUUGAUCUGGUGACCGUGCCUCCGCUCGAGUGGGAGGUUAAAGUUGACGAUCAGGUGGUAGCGCCACAGUCGGAGGUAACGUGCGUUACCGGGCAGUUUCUUAGCUUUAGCAUUAGCAUCUGCAAUCUGUCGGCAUCAGUGCUACAUCAGGUGCAAUUGUCGGUGCAGUUUUAUCAGGAUUAUCAGAACGGUGUUCAAAACUAUCGUUUAGAGACGCGUGUCACAAUGUCCGGUCCUAAUCACAUACUCAUUCCAUCGUUAAACAAAGACGAGAAAGCGUUCCACAAGUGCUCGGUUCUGUUCUUCACUCCCGGCCGUUUCAAGGCAGAUAUUCAGUGUCGAUCGCUCAGUUCGACUCUGCAAGCUGCACCACAACAGCGGACAGACGAAUCAGGUACCGGAUUGCCAACGCUAGCGACACCGGGACCGGACAGUGCAUCACAUGUAUGGCGGUUUAUUCCUCCAAUCGAAAUAACCGUCCUGGAUCAGCAGUAG